AUGCUGCUGGAGGACGCGACGUUCGAGUGGCGCGCCGGCGACCGCGUGCUGCUGACUGGCCCGCCGGGCAGCGGCAAGAGCGCCCUGCUGCGCUCCCUCGCGGGCGCGUGGCCGCCGCCGGUGCGGGACGGCGCGACGGACUUGGGCCUUCGCGGCUCUGGCGUGAUGCUGCUGAGCUCGUCUGGCUUCCUGCUACCGCACCGCGCGACGCUGAGGAGGAGCCUGACCUACCCGGACGUCAUACCCCCCUUCGACGAGGACCUGCAGGAGGCCCUCGCCGCGUGCGGCCUGGCGGCCCUCGCGGGCAGGCUGGACGAGGAGGCCGACUGGGGCGCGCUGCUGCCGCUCGGGGGCCGCCAGCGCCUCGCCUUCGCCCGCCUCGCGGCGCGGUGGCCGGGCGCCACGCGGUGGCUGCUGCUGGACGAGGCAGACAGCGCGCUGGACGGCGACGAGGCCCUGAUCCUCCUCGAGCUGCUCGUCGGCAGCGCCCCCCCCGGCGUGGGCAUCGUCGUCACCUCGCGCCACCCCGAGGUGACCUCGUGGCCCGGCUGGCGCCGGUUCCACCUCUGCCAGGAGAAACGCCGGCUCGAGGAGGUGACCCAGCCGGAGGCGGCGGGCACCGAGGCCGACUGA